CGGUCACCGGUCAGCCACUCGGGCCGGCCGCGGCGACCAGGCCGCACCUCCACUCUAAUGUCACACCACUACUACAGUCAAACUUGGAACGUUCGAACACUUUCAAAUUUUACCGUUUUUAUUUUUCUACUCGGCCUGUAGUUAAAGUUUUAUUGUCAUUGUUUAUUAUCUGUGAGUGUUAAAGUGACAUUGAAAUAGAUCGAUCGAUUGCUAUUGUACCCAAUAAAUGUACCGGCGCCAUUGUAUCGAAACUUAACAAAUUAAAACUUGGCAAAGACUUCACAAUUAAUAAGUUUCGUUUCAAUAAUUUAUGUAACGAACAUAAUAAAAUCAGUGUGUUUCAAAUACUGGCCUGACCGGCCAAUUAGGGAGCCCAAUUUGAAAACAGAACCACAACUUCGGCAAAGUUCGGCGGUCGUCGUGGGAUGAUUUAAAUUGAAUAAAAGUUUGUUUAAAAGUUUUAAUGAAUUUAAAGUGGUUUUUAUGAUAAAUGGGAUAAAACGGGCUAUGUCAUGAGUGUACUGUGAAAUCUGCAUUAAUAAUGGAUGCACCAUGGAAAAUCAAACUGUGGUCGUCAUGGGCAGCAGCACUACGUCGGACAAGACCAUCAACACGAGCACCGACUCCGCGGCCACCGCGCUCACCUCCGUCACCGGCACCGACGACUCCAUGGACGCCGAGCCCGACGGCCCCGAGCUGUCCGAGCCCAGCCUCAUCGACGACCCCAACCUACCCACCCAGCCUCCCAGCACAGCCCCCCCUCACUACCACAGAAACCAAAACAGCAGCGACAUCGACUCCCCAGCGUACACCAAACCCCAGUCAGCCACCGAUGUCAUAGACUCCCCCAGACCCGGCCCGGCGCGGUUCGUGUUCGACGUCCCGAUACCAGACCCCAAGCGACAAGACAAGCCACGGAAUAAAACACAGACACAAGUCAGCCAGACGAGUAUAGCGUCCACUUCUAUCCAGAUACCAUACGACCCGAAGAUGGAGACGCCGAAAAGUCCGAAGGCAAACCAGACGAAGUAUGAAACACACUUUAAGUUCGAGCCGGACCCUGCGAAGAGGAGAGGGAGUGAGCCGAGGGUGAAGAAUAAACAGAAGAUAGAGAAGGAGUACUACAAGGAUGAGGUGGCGAAGUUGAGGAGACAGUUGGAGGGCACGGAGGUGUUCACGACGUCGAGAAGACGGUCGUCAGCACACCAGCACUCUGUUCCGCCGCCGUCCGUCAGUAGAAGACAGUCCACAGCUGCGCAAGUCCACGUGACAGCCAACCCGCUGGACUCAGCGGCCAACAACAUCCCAGCCGGGAGGACCACCAUCGUGGUGCAGCAACCCUCGCUGUCCCUGGACUAUGGCGGCUGUGCCACUAUCCUGGUGAGGGACGACGAGCGCCGCAAGAGCAGGGUCUGCAGCGACCACAUCCAGCAGCUCCUGGACGUCACCAGCCAGUUCACCUCGGAAGACCUUCAUGAGUUCGAUAAGAGGUACGGCAGCCCGCACCACUCGCGGUCGCAGUCGGUGAAGGCGGGGCGCUCCCGCACCGGCGAGCGGCAGCUGCUGGGGCUGCCCCAGCAGAGGGCGCGCGUGGCCUCCAUGCCCAACACGGGAGUCGAGGAGGAGUACUACCGGCUGAGGCAUUUUAGCAUUACUGGUAAGGGUGUGGUGAACCGCGGCGACUCGCUGCGGUCGCGGCGCUCUCGCUCCAACACCUCGGUGGCGUCCAGCGCGUCCAGCACCGAAGCUGUCACCAGAGCAUCCGCACCCUGCUCCUUAGCCUCGUCCAGGGACUCGUCAGCGGGGCUCAGUUCGUACCGAGUGCUGGUGCUGGGCGCGCCGGGAGUCGGCAAGUCCAGCCUGGUGGGGCAGUUCAUGACGUCCGAGUACCUGCACGCGUAUGACACCAGCAUCGACGAUGAAUCUGGAGAAAGAUCAGUGUGCGUGCUGCUGGCGGGCGAAGAGUCGGAGAUCACGUUCCUGGACGCACCGCCUGACCAUAUUAUUACGGAAGGGUGUGCCCACGGGUACUGCGUGGUCUACUCGACAGCUGACAGAAGCAGCUUCAUGGACGCGGAGAGGAGACUCCAGAUCCUAUGGGCAGCUGGCCACACCUCGCGGAGAGCUGUGAUCCUCGUCGGGAACAAGGCUGAUCUGGCCAGGUCCAGAGCUGUUCCUACUGAUGAGGGCAAGAACCUGGCGACGUCGUACGAGUGCAAGUUCAUCGAGACGUCGGUGGGCAUCAACCACAACGUGGACGAGCUGCUGGUCGGCCUGCUCACGCAGAUCCGGCUCAAGCAGCAGCACGCCGAGAGAGUCAGAAAGCGCAGCAAUUCGCGCAAAAAUCGUGCGCGUGCGCGCUCUCCGCUGGAGACGGAGACUCCUGCGCCGGCCGCCCCGCCUCCCUCCGCCUCCGCCAACAGCACGCCACGCAAGCGCACCAGGCUCUCUGCCAGUGUCAAGGUGCGUGGCCUGCUGGGCCGCGUGUGGGCCCGGGACUCGAAGUCCAAGUCGUGCGAGAACCUGCACGUCCUCUAGCACUCAGCCGCCGAGUCCGUCGCCUGCUUCCCGUUUUUCGACUGUGCUGCCACCUAUACUUAAACUUGGUGACAGUUACUACGUGAACCAUACUGUUUUGGGAUCUUGUGUGAACUGAAGUCUGAUAUUUAUCAUAGUUUUAGGUUUUUCGGUUUGGGUCUAGUCAGUAGUCAGUGCCCAAUGUCUCGUUUAUUUUCAAAAGAACCUAUAGGUUUCCAUACAGAUCUAGAAAUGAUUUUAGUUAUAGAUAUUUUUCAAAUGUUCACACAAAGUUCUAAUUCAGGCUAUGUCAUCAAAUGUGUAUGUCUAACCUACCCCCAUAGCACCCCUGUAGCGAGAAUCCCAUCACCUUAAUUCUAUAGAUUCCUCAAGAGAUGGCGCUGAAACUAUAGUGGCAACGCCAUCUAUUGAGAUGUAGGUAAAUUAAUGUUUACAGUAGAAUAAUAAAACCAACACAAUAUGUGUAUUUUGGUUUCAUUAUUCUAAAUAUGGAAUGAAUCAGUCUUCUAAUACUUUUAGAGCUUCUGACUUUACUGAAAUAAUAAAAUGAAUCUUAUCUUGCUAUGCUGUUCAGAAAAACGGGUAAAAUAAUGAACACGUAUCGGGAACUUGACGGAUCGGCGGUAAAUAAAAUUUUAAAUGAAUAAAAUUAAAUGAAUUUGUAAACAAAUAUAAAUUGUUGGAGGACUGAAUUUAAAUAAAUCGUAGUGAAAAUUAAACGUCUAAUGUUUUGAGUGUUUGACGGGUGUUGUUCGUGUGACGACGCUAGAUGGCAGUGUUUUUAAUUAAGAAUAUUUUAUGAUAUAAAACUUACAAUAUAAAACAGUUUCUCAUAAACGAUAGGAUAUUAAUGCAGCGACAUUUAACUUCCAAUAUUUAACAUUGCUAUAUAAUAAAAACCUGUUAUUAUGAUACUACAUAUGUAUUUGCCAAACACAGGAUCGUUGUUAGACAUUACACCCGUCAGAAAAGGAUUUUAGAUUUUCCGUUCAAUAAAAUAUAAUGAGAAAGAAAAAAAGAAUUUUAAAGAUAUCGUAUUGAUAUUUAUAAACAAUGGUAUUAUUCAAGUAGGUUCUAGAGGCUUAAUGAGUAUUAGCUAACGAAUGAAUAGACCUAUGACGUAUUAUUGUGAUCCCAGUGUGACAGUAAUAUAUUUGUACUCCAUUUAAAUAUUAUAUCGUCAUUUUAUAACUACAUACAUAAUUAACCGUCAUUUUAAAUCAUAUUUAAGUAAUUCUAUUCGUAUUUUGUAAGACAAAUUCUGUUGUUUAUUUAAAUUAUUGCAUAUUAUAUGUAUUUAAUUGCAAUUUGCGUAUAAGUAAGUUUAUUAUAAUUAUGUUUAAAUUUUAAGUAAAAUUGUUUAUGUGAUACGUAUAAAUUAUAUUUAAUCUAGUCAUUUAAUGUAAGAAUGAUUAUUCGCUGUACAUUUAUUCGAUGAAUCAGACAUAAUAGUGAUUAUAAUUAAAUGUAUAAAUAUAAUUAUAUCCCAAACUCAUUAUAUAAUCUUCCACUAAGUGUAACCCAUUCCAUUGCGAAGUAACUUAUUGUUAUAUUAUGUAACCAAGUGUAAUAUUUAUUGUUAUUCUUAGCCAAACUGUUUAACAUUUUAUACGUAACUGGUGUAAACUAUUGAGUGUAUGUUACACAAUGUUUUAUUGUUAUUUAUUUAGUUAUUACUUUGACGUGAAGACUAGACGUAUAUAUGUUUUUACCAGAAAUGCGCACACAAGCACAUGCGCCAUAAAAUAGCGACUGCAUAUACGCAUACAUGUGAAGUGAGCAUCGCGCAUGCGAGGUUAUAUUUAAUUUAAUUUUAAGUGCGCAUGUAUAACGCUUCAUAUUUCUUAAUUCGUUAAUAUUGUAACUUUUCUACCUAAAUCGUACCUACACCAGAGAGCCUAGUGCGAGUUAUGUGUGCAUUACCGCGUUUAGCCUUCUGAUUGGUUACUUAACUUGAGCUGGCCAAUCAGAACGCCGAACGUCAUAAACGUGUCGAUCGCGUUAACGUAAAACAAACUCGCACUAGGCCCUCUGUACUCGUAUCACACAUUUAUACUCACUUUCAUAUUUCACUACUAAACUGCAUUAUAAAGAUAUAUCAACAAAAUAUUUGGGUCCACCGCUGCAAAAUUUGGCGUAACGAAUUAAUUAAGGCUAUCGUUUGUUUAUAUCGUGAGAGUACAUAGGAGGUAGCAGUAGAGUGACGUCAUUGAUUUAGUCAUCAGCUGACACACGGCUAGUACGUAUCGCUUAGCGUAGCUUUUACAUAGAUGCUGGGAUUAUGGAAGCUGGGCAAACGUUUCGAGUUGAAUUUGAGAGUGAAGAUCACAAUUUAGAGUUAGGAAGGCUUCUUAUAUUGUGGUAAAUGGAUCUGACUUGUUUGGGUGUUACCACACCUAUCAAUCGAUAGUUCGUCGAUGGCAUCGAUUGACAUCGGUCGACAUUAAUCGAUCGGUGUGGUAGCUUUACUUGAUCGACGGAUACCGGUCGACUAACCAAUGGAUCGCUUGCCGGUCGAUGCCAUCGGUCGAAGUAGAUUGAUUAUAUUCCGACCGGAAACUAUCGAUCGACAUCGACUAUCGAUCGUUUGGUUUAGUAGAAACUAUCAAUCGACGUCGACUAUUCCAUUCUUCCAUCGACCGAUGGCAUCGAUCGACGAUCGCUUGAUUGGUGUGGUAACACUCUUAUACGAAGGAUUUGUAGAGUUCUGGUUUAUCAUGAACAUGUAAUGGAUUAAUGUAGUUACCUCCCAACUAUUGGAGUCAUUGAUUUUUUAGUCUGUGUGACCCAUUUGAUCACAAUGUAAGAAUCAGGUGUAGUAGAAUAAAUAGCUGAAAUUAAUAUAAUAAAGUAAUAAAAUAACAUUCGAUGCAUUCGACAAAUCAAAAUUGUGACAUUCGAGAUUUACAGUGAAAGAACAAAAUUACGAGUCCAUCCAAAUAAUAGAUUGCCAAAACAAAAUAUUAUGAAGAAAACAAAAAUAAUGAUAAAUAUGUUCCUCGAAGUUAUUAGGACGGUAGUGUACGGUUGUUAGCGACCCCGCAUAGACAUUCUGUUGUCCCUUAGAAGUGGUGGUUUGGACAGAGCAUAGAACGUGGAGACGACACCUACUGCCAAUGUAACUGCCAUUUAUUAUAACAAGUGAAUAUACACACAUGCAUUAACAUGCGCACAAUACACCCUGUAUUCAUCUAGCUUUGACAUAGUAAUGCGCGUUCCGUUCACAAGUAACGAUAUUAUAAAUGUCAUCUCCACUCUUGCUCUAAGCCAGAUUUAGCGAUAUUAUUAUUUGAAAGAAAAUGAUUUCAAUUUGAGUGCCUGAUGUUCGGAAUAAUAUAAUAAUUAUUUGAUCCCUCCGUAAAACCUGUUUGCCUUAUUUUAUUAGUGUCGUAUUAAUUUCAUAGAUGGCGUGCUAGGUAUGUUUAUACAUAAUAUUAUACUAGCAUUAUUGAAUUAUUAGUCAAUAAAGUAAUUUAGAUGUAUUUUAAACUUCUCUACUUGAUGUUUAAUUGUAAUUCAGUAUUGUAAUUAGAUUUUUGGUUUGGAUGUUUUGAUCGACUGACAAUAAAGUGUUGCAAUUAAUAAAUAUUUAAUAUGUAAAGUACGUCAGUCGAUUAAUCAUGCCAAACUAUUAAAAUCGAACAACGUGGAAGUUUUUAAUGCUUCUGGUCGUUUAUCUUAAGACAUAAUAUAUUUUAACCCCAGGGUCCAAAAAAACACCAAUCUCGCCUCUCACUUGGACUAUCCUGGCCCAUUCUAGACCUGUAGACCAUCAGCAGUAGAGUUUAGUGUUAGGAGCUAGGUUACUGGGUACCAACCAACGUGACGCCGUUUUUGUAAAAGUCAUAAAUUGUGAACGAGGUAAAAGUACUUGGACAAUAGAUUUUGUACGUUAACAAGCAAGAAGUUUCUUAAAAUACAUUCAUUUCUAUUAAUUUUAAUUGACAAAGUUAUAUAAAAGAAGAAUUUUCGUGGGAUUAGAUAUACGGACAUGUAACUGUGAGAUCGUGUAAGCGAAUGUUGUAUCCAGGGAAACGACAAUAAGGUAUCGCGAAUUAGAAGAAUCGUACCAUUUGACGUUUCUAUAAAAAAAAGUAAUUUUACAUAAAAAAAUAUAGCAUUUAUUAGAAAAAUACGUGCAGCAUAUUUAUUUAGCUUAGCUUCAACGGUUGGGAAGAACAAAUGACAAUAGAAUUCCAAGAUGGCGCUGAUCAAAUGACAGAUGACAGUUGAUACAAAGUGACAGCGCGCGAAAUUAAAACUGUCAGCGGCCAUUUUUAAAUUUCACGGGAAAGUUGAAUAAAAACCAAUGUGUGUGUAAUAAAAUAAUGAGUAAUUAACUAACGGAGUGUGUGGAACUAAUUCUACUGCUGUUCCCUUUCCCUUUCCCCGAUUGCUUUGCGAUAUAGUCACACUUGUGCCAGAAUGACACUUUAGCGACAUUCUUAGCCCAAGUUGUAGGUCAAACGAAUAUGGAACAUGGGAUUUGUAUUUAGAGAAAUAUAUAGAUAAUACCUCCUAUAUAAUAAUAUCGAAAAAGUGCAUGUAAUCGAUGAAUUUUGAAACGAAUGAUCUUAAAAUACCUUUUUGAUGAAGCAUCUUAAUAUUUGAUGCAAAAGAAAGUAUAAAGGGGGUCUCUAAAUAGUAAAAUCCCUAUGUUCGAAAUGUCGUAGUAGAUCUUAUAUACCUUAUAUAGGUUCACGCCUAAUUAUAAUAAUCCCAUCGGACCACGUUAAGCAAUAUAUCUAUAUAUUUGAUAGGCCCAUAGAUAUUUCAUAGAUUUUUAGUAGGCGUAGCUUACUUUAGAAUUUUAUAUUUAAAUAGUAAAAUAUUUAUAGUGUCGAUGUCUCCAUGUGAAUACGUCAUUUUAUGUGUGUUUUAAUAUUAUUCUGGAUUUUAUAUGUGUUGUUAUAUAAUGUAGAGCUCACGUCUGAUAUUGUGAAUUAUAUAUAGCAUGAAUAUUUAUACAACAUCAACAAAAUAUACGAGGCGGGAAUUUUUAAGACUUUUUAUGGAACACCAAAUAUAUUUCCUUUUGUAAAUUUACUCACGUCGUUGAUUAUAUAUGUUUUACAAUAUCAGGUAGCAACGUAUCAGUGUAUUUAGGUUACAACAUUAAUCCAUGCAACAAUUUAAAUAAUUCAUUGGUAGUUGGAAACUGUCUUUUUGUAAGAUAUAAACGUUUUUUGGAUAAAAUGUACACAUUGUCAUAUACUUUUGUAUAUUUGCAAAUAGUCAGAGAUCUAUGCAAACCAAGUAUAUAAUAUAUAGCCAUUUAUAUACAGUAUAUACUUUUGUAAUACAAAAGCAAUAUUAACAACAACUUUGAAACAAAGAAAUGAUUUAAGGUAAGGGUAAGGCUAUUUGCAAAUAAACAAAAUAUACGCUUAAACCCAUAUACCGCGCAUUCGAUAGAGGAAUCCCUUUUUAAUAAAAAAAUAAUACCUACCUACCAUAACACAUUAUUAUAAAAUAAUCAUAAAUUCGCCAAUUGACUGUCUCAUCGGAAUAUCAUUUUGAAGUAUAAUAUUAUUAAUUAUUACAUAUCCGAUAUACACAAUUUUCUGAAGAAAUUUUUACGCACAAGAUAUGAAUAUCAACAAAUAUCAAGCGAACUGUUUAGUGGACGCCCAAACGUUGGGCGUUGGGCGUUGGUUACUUUCCCGUGUUUAUUUUACAUUGUUUUCUAGAAUUAUUGUGCCGUACUUGUUUAUCUGUUGUUUAAUGUAAUUUCGAAAUAUAUUCUGAUGUUUUAUUAUAUAAAAUA